UUGUCGACGGAUGAAAGCGUAACGACUUCCUGGAAGGAGGAAGUGAUGUGAUAGACGGUCCACACCAUGUAAAUGUGAAUUAAUGGAACGUGGCUUUCACGGUUUGUGUUUUAAAAAGGAAAUAUUCGGCUUACUCAGGGGAUGUCGUUCGUGUCUCAGGCGUUCAGUAUGAUAGGAUUUUCAGCCUCAGAGAAAAAGUUUAUGAAGGUAGAGAAUGUGUUGCCAGGUGUGUAGCUAGCUGCUCAUCUUAGCUGAAAGAAAGACUGAGGUAAACUUUAGGCUAUAAUCGACAAACAAAACCAGAUGAGUUACAACUCUUAGAGGCGGAAGUAGACUUUUAGUAGUAAUUUGUCAGCUGUGAGGAAAAAUAGAUACAUCGUGGAGAGCCGGUAGGUUUGUAACUAGCAUAUUGUGCACCAGAGAAGGAAUAGACUGCUUUGUGUAAAUACUCAGCGCGGUUAUGGCACACAACCUCGAAAGUUUAUCAAACUCGGGUCUGCUCGCUGAGCUGUCCGUUUCCUUCCAUGAUGAACUCACGGCGAGCAUCCAAAGCGCCUUCAGUGUGGCUGGAGAGCUGGCGGUAACCGAGGUGUCAAAAGUCGUCGGGAAAGCUUUCCGUGAUAUGCGAGAUCAGCUGCACAAAACCCUGUUGGCUAACAGGAACCUCAGGACGAGGCUCACACUGGCGCAGACGGAGCUGCGCAGCGCGCAGACUCGCACGCCGCAGACGCGCGACAUCGCAGUCAACACGAGCCCGAACGCGUCCGAACAACAGAUCGACUCCUCACUUGAUGUCAAACAGACCCAUGAAGACGUUCCCGGGGAUUCGUUUGAGUGUCGUACGGAUUCCUUUUGCGAGAUCGGAGAGGACGGAAUCGAGUGCGUAAAGGAUGUCAAACCCAAUCUAACAGGAGAUGAGUUUUCACACCAGUUACAAGACACACAAGACAUAAAAGAGGACCUUCAUGCCAUGCAGGAGCACGCUUUACAUGCUGAUCAGGUAUGCAUUGAGACAGUAAUGGUACCUGGAGCUUCAGCUGUCCAGAUAAAGGGUUGUAUAUCCUAUGAGUCUAAUCAUGCAGCAAAGUUGGAGGAGGCUCAUCAGUGUGCUCACCCUUUGUCUGAAGCCGAGCAAGAGUUUAGCUCGGAUUCCCUGUCGAUGGCUCAGUCAAAGUUAUUGGAGGAUUGGAGACCUGAACCACUGCAUCUUCAGAGUUGCCCAUCAGAUUCAUAUGCAUCAUCUGGCAGCUCUGCUCUGGCUAAUCCUUCUCUCUUGCAAGAAGAACUUCCAGGUAUGGACUUCCUUGCCUCAGCGUCCUCCAGCCAGCCGGACACGUGCCACGCACCAAUGUCCCGAAGAGAUGCCUCCUCCCUAAAUAACCCCGCCUCUAAUUCGCAUUUCCCUACUCACAGCUCUGGACAGGAGCAUGCUUUAGGGCAGUUUUCUAUGCCAGAGGAUGUGCAUAGAUUCCGCAGUGUCAUGCAGCCUAAACUAGCAAGCCAUCAACACAAAAGUCCUAAACGCAGCUUGUACCCUCCUGGGCGAAGUCCUUUUCGCUGUUCGCAGUGUGGCCGAGACUUUAAUCGAAUGGAGCACCUCAAGAUCCACCAAAGGAUCCAUACAGGCGAGAAACCAUAUGCUUGCUCAGAGUGCACUGCACGUUUCCGACACUCGUGGGCGCUCACACGCCACAUCCGCAUCCACACAGGCGAGAAGCCAUAUUCGUGCACACAUUGUGGGAAAAGAUUCCGGAACUGCGGUGGGCUACGCUUCCAUCAGAGGACACACGCCCAGCGAAGUUGCUUGACAAAUAUUAGACCAAAUUUAGAGGGUUAUGGGAGAGCAUAAGUGAAACUCCUCUUUGACUUCACCCAUUUUCAGGUCACUCUAAUUUCUAAGCAUUAAAUACAAGUUUACUCGCAGGAACGUAAUUUUUUUCCCCCAUACAAAAACAUGCUACCUUUUAUGUAAUCCACCAAAAUUGUAUCUCCUCCAUGUUGGCGAAAUAUAAAUUAGAGCUAUGUUUCUGGCCAUAACGGAAGGUGGCAAUAUGACAAUCAUCAAAUUACAAAUUAUUUCGAAACUAUGACAUGACCAGUCAUAAUGCAGUAGAUUUCCUCUACCAAAUAUCUGGUGUCCUGGUAUGUCUGGUAUCUGCCAGUUCUCUCCGAACUUGUAUAUUUGUAUGGCAUUUAUUGGUGAAGACAAACUGUUUGGAACAAUGCUGCCUUUUUCUUUAUGACUGGGAACUAUGGUACCUUUUUCUUUCUUUCUUUUUACUUUCACUUUAACUCAUUUCAGAUCAAAAUGUUAGAAAUUUAGUGAUCUUGAGCAUAAUCAUAGCAAAUUGAUGUUUAUAAGGACGUUUUACCCAACAGAACCUACUGCUAGCUAAUUUCGAAGGGCUGUGAUGCCCUAUAGUUGUCAAAGAAAAGCUCCCAGAUCUUUUGUUCAAGACAGCUGCUUGGGAUAAAGGCAGCCUUUAUUCUUGUGGAUUUAUACAAAUAUUGCUACAGUAAUUUAACCAGCAUGUAUUCUGAAAAGCUGAAUGUAUCAGGAGUAUGACAUUUCUGCAAUACAUGCCGUUAUUCUGUUGUGCCAAAGUAUUUUAAUUUUGCAGUUUGUAACAGAUAAACAUUAGACAUUUUUACUGUUCACACUUUUUAAAGCUACUUUAAGUGCCUGAAAACAAAGUGUUGGUGUUGACUUGAAAUGAUUUCUAUUGUACAAUGUGAAUUUGUCUCAUUCCAGAAAUCUUAAAUAUCACAACACUGGAAUUAAAGAGUCUUUCACUGCC